AUGAUUGAAAUCUUUGAAAACAUCGGUGAGAAAAGCCUGCAAGAACUUCUGGAGCCUCUGCUAACUCUGAAAGAGGCCAAACGAUUGUUUGAGGAAAACAAAAAGUCGAUAGUGAGUCUGCUUAAGAGCAUGAGUCGUGUAGAAAAUUCCAAAAUUUUGAGCAAUGUCCAAUCUUCAAUACAGUCGCUGCCCGUCAAAAACAUAGAAUCUACCUCUACAACAAGCGAUUCAACUGAAGAAAGCAUUUUUUGGUUAUUUAAUUCAGUUGCUGGAGCAGGAAAAUCGACCGUAAUCGUAGAAAUGGCGCACCAACUCACCCAAUUUGAUGAAGGGUUUAAAAUACUGCUCAUUCCUCUAAAAAAAUAUUAUCGGUACUUAUUUUACAUGCCAGCUAAGAAAGUGAAUGUAAUCCAAUUCCUCGCUAAGACAACUUUCAACUUUCAUGACGACAUCAAGAACUGGAUUGAGAAGAGAGAAGUCAUUGUUUUCAUUGACGGAUUUGACGAAGUUUGCCCCGAUUUCAGAGAAAAAAUCAUCAACAUUUUGAUUGCAAUAAAUAAUGCUGGAGUCCCAAUCUUUGUCGGAACAAGGCCGCACGAAGUGCACCACAUUCAAGAGAGGAUAAAAAACACGACGAUAGUUGAGAUCGAACCCCUUGAUGAAGCAAAGCAAAUCGAGUUCCUGCAGACCGUUGCACGAAAGAAUGAAAGAGAUAUCAAUCAAUUGAGGGAAAACUUCAAAGACAAAGAUAUUCUGGGAAACCCACUCUAUCUCAAUUUGUUGGCCGAUUACAACGGUGAUGGAAACUUGUACGAAAUCUUUGACACAAUAGUGAGGCGAAAAGUAGAAAUUUGCUUGAAGAGAGAAAACGGUGGCAAUGAUGUUGGAGACGAGACGUUUGACAAAUCAUUGAAAUUCAUACAAUUGGUGGCCUCUCGUUUCGUAACAGGAGUGAAGAUCGACCAAGGCAGUGUUACAAAGGAAGAAUUGGAAAAGAUCAACGCUUUUGGAGUUGUGACAUACUUCAAUGAACAAGUCAAUUUCACUCACCAAACGUUUGCAGAAUUUCUUACUGCACAAAAAUUUUUAUACGAUUUAAAAAACCCAGGACCUGAAAGUGUUCCCUUGUUCAAUGAGGAAUUGGCGCAGUGCAGGAAGUUCGUCGACCUUUUCUUUUCUACGGAGAAGGGGAAGGACGCGACCUACGCAGAGGAUUUUGUGGAAUGUGCUAAAUUAAGCGACCCUGUAAAAUUACUCAAGCAAAUUUGUCGAGAGAAUUUGAGCCAAAUGUUCAGGUUGCUCAACCCCGAUCUCUCGUUAAAAGAUGAAGACGGUAAAAACGCUUUGCACUUCGCUUUGCGGCACCUUGAAAUGGUCAAGAAGGUUCACGAAAAGAACAGCAAAUUAGCGAUCGAAACAACCAAGAAUGGAGAAAAUUGUCUUCACCUGGCGAUUGACGAUAUUAAAUGCAGCGAUGAAGUCGCUAUGUGGCUCUUGCAAAAGACUGAAGCGGACAAAAUUUCCGAAACCAAAAGUAAAAAUACACCACUUCUUCUGGCUUGUCAAAGAGCCAAAUGGGAAGUAGCACUACAACUUGUAUUGUACAAUAUUGAAGUUAAUCAAAUUGAUUCAUUUGGAAAAUCAAUUUUGCACUAUGCCGUUGGCUCUGACAAUAUAGUUUUAGUGCAAGAACUUCUUGAUAGGGGUUCUAUUGUUAACUUACAAGAUGAUGAAGGAAACACAGCUCUUCACCUUGCUGCUUUGUCAUAUGAAAACCCUGAUAUUUUGAAUAUUUUGCUUGACAAAGGUGCCGAAGUAAACACAAAAAACAAUGAAAAUCGAAACGCAUUACAUUACGCCUUUAAAAAUAACAAAAAUACCGAAGUAGUGCCAAAGAUGCUUGAAUACGGUGCCGACGUCAAUUUACAAGAUGAAGAAGGAAUAACAGCCCUUCACCUAGCAGUUAUGUCAUAUGAAAGCACUGAAAUUGUGAAUAUUUUGCUAGAAAGAGGUGCUAAAGUAAACCUACAAGACAAUAAAAGUCGAACUGCAUUGCAUUACGCCUUUAAAAAUAACAAAGUUACCGAAAUAGUGCAAAAGAUGCUUGAAUACGGUGCCGACGUCAAUUUGCAAGACGAAGAAGGUAAAACAGCCCUUCACCUAGCAGCUAGGUCAAAUGAAAACCCUGAACUAGAUCAAAUUUUGUUUGAAAGAGUAGCCAAAGUAAACGCGCAAGACAAUAUAAAUUGGACAGCACAGCAUUACGCUGCUAACAAUAAAGAACUUACAGAAAAAGUUUUCCAACAGCUGAUUGAAUACGGCGCCGACGUUGAUAUACAAGAUCAACAAGGAUGGACAGCCCUACACAUGGCUGCUAAAUGUAAUAAAAACGCGGAAAAAGUAAAAAUUUUGCUUGAAAAAGGUGCCUCAGUAAACAUAAAAAACAAUGAAAACCGAAACGCAUUACAUUACGCCUGUGAAAAUUAUGAACCUACAGAAGUGGUGCAAAAGCUGCUAGAAUACGGUAUUGACGUUAAUUCACAAGAUGAUGAAGGAUCCACAGCCCUUCACCUAGCAGCUAGGUGGAAUAAAAACCCAGAAAUAGUGGAAAUAUUGCUUGAAAAAGGUGCCAAAGUAAACGCACAAGACAAUGAAAAUUGGACAGCACUGCAUUUGGCUGCUAAUUUUAACUCAGCUUCAGACAUUGUCCAAAUGCUGCUGGAAAACAGCGCCGACAUUCAUUCACAAACUCAAUAUGGAUCAACAGCCCUUCACUUAGCAGCCAGGUGGAAUAAAAACCCUGAACUAGUGAAAAUUUUGCUUGCAAAAGGAGCAAAGGUAAACGUGCAAGACGAUGAAAAACGGACAGCACUGCAUUACGCUGCUAAAAAUAAAGAAAUUACAGAAGAAGUGUUCCAACAGCUGAUUGAAUACGGCGCCGACGUUGAUGCAAAAGAACAUCAAGGAUGGACAGCCCUACACAAGGCUGCUAAUUCAAAUAAAAACGCGGAAAAAGUAAAAAUUUUGCUUGAAAAAGGUGCGAAAGUAAACGCACAAGAUAAUAAAAAAUGGACAGCACUGCACUUGGCCGCUAGAUAUAACCCAGCUUCAGAUAUUGUCCAAAUGUUGCUGGAAAACGGCGCUGACAUUCAUUCACAAACUGAAUAUGGAUUAACAGCCCUUCAGCUAGCAGCCUCGGGGAAUGAAAACCCCGAACUAGUGAAAAUUUUACUAGAAAAAGGUGCAAAGGUAAACGUGCAAAACGAUGACAAACGAACAGCACUGCAUUACGCUGCCGAAAAUAAAGAAAUUACAGAAGAUGUGUUCCAACAGCUGAUUGAAUACGGCACCGACGUUAAUACACAAGAUCAAAAAGGAUUGACAGCCCUCCACAUGGCUGCUAAUUCUAAUAAAAACGCGGAAAAAUUAAAAAUUUUGCUUGAAAAAGGUGCGAAAGUAAACGCACAAGAUAAUAAAAAUUGGACAGCACUGCAUUUUGCCGCUAGAUAUAACCCAGCUUCAGAUAUUGUCCAAAUGUUGCUCGAAAACGGCGCUGAUAUUCAUUCACAAACUCAAGGUGGAUCAACAGCCCUUCAGCUAGCAGCCGCGGGGAAUGAAAACCCCGAACUAGUGAAAAUUUUACUAGAAAAAGGUGCAAAGGUAAACGUGCAAAACGAUGAAAAACGGACAGCACUUCAUUACGCUGCUGAAAAUAAAGAAAUUAAAGAAGAUGUGUUCCAACAGCUGAUUGAAUACGGCGCCGACGUUGAUACACAAGAUCAAAAAGGAUGGACAGCCUUACACAUGGCUGCUAAUUCUAAUAAAAACGCGGAAAAAGUAAAAAUUUUGCUUGAAAAAGGUGCCUCAAUGAUGAAGGAUCCACAGCCCUUCACCUAG